AUGUUGUUUGAUCUACAACUGGAAUUCAAGAAGCUCAGUAUUUCCCUCAAAAGAUCAAUGGAAGAAAACUUGUUGUGGAACCAGAUAUCCAGUAAUUUGUUACUGGUUAAGUAUCUUAGCGUCCUAUCUACUCCUGAUACUGCUUUCAUCCCAGUUUUCCCUUCAUGGCCACAAAACAUUUGGAUCAUGAAUUCCGUUUGGUUCACUCUGGAAUCUCUUUUGAUGUGCACUUGCACUAGAAUUACACUCUGGAAUUCUCUGCUGGGAAACAAGGAUUUGGAUGAGGUACUUAGGAAUUGGAAGGCUGGAGGAUUCCCGAAUCUUGAAUAUCUAUACGUCGGGAGUCACAAUAUUACGAAUAAUAGUACGACGAUUUUGGGAAUGAAUCCAAUGGAAUUGGACGGAAUGACUAUCCAAACUGAUGAUGGAUCAAAGAAGGCAACUAUUUACACUGGUUACGGUAGCGUUGUAAUGUCUGUGACUCCAUUAUAA